CCCUUUUUCCCUCCCACUCUCAUGCGCCCCUCCCCGCGCGCCCUACAUCCACCGCCCGCCCGAGGGGGCUCAGUCCGCAGUCGUCGCUGUCGCCGCCACGCUUUGGCCUCGGAGCUGGUAGCGGCCACCGGUGCCGCUUAGACAGCUGCGUGGGCAACCAGUAGCUGUGUCCAGCCCUUCCGGAACACAUCCUGUGUGAGGUCCCUCCAGCUAUAAGGUGGGCACCAUGUCUGAGAAGUUCGACUGUCACUACUGUAGGGACCCCUUGCAGGGGAAGAAGUAUGUGCAGAAGGAUGGCCACCACUGCUGCCUGAAGUGCUUCGACAAGUUCUGUGCCAACACCUGCGUGGAAUGCCGCAAGCCCAUAAGUGCGGAUGCCAAGGAGGUGCACUAUAAGAAUCGCUACUGGCAUGACACCUGCUUCCGUUGUGCCAAGUGCCUUCACCCCUUGGCCAGCGAGACCUUUGUGUCCAAGGAUGGCAAGAUCCUGUGCAACAAGUGCGCCACUCGGGAGGACUCCCCCAGGUGCAAAGGGUGCUUCAAGGCCAUUGUGGCAGGAGACCAGAAUGUGGAGUACAAGGGCACCAUCUGGCAUAAAGACUGCUUCACCUGCAGCAACUGCAAGCAAGUCAUUGGGACCGGAAGCUUCUUCCCUAAAGGGGAGGACUUCUACUGUGUGACUUGCCAUGAGACCAAGUUUGCCAAGCACUGCGUGAAGUGCAACAAGGCCAUCACAUCUGGAGGAAUCACUUACCAGGAUCAGCCCUGGCAUGCCGAGUGCUUUGUGUGUGUUACCUGCUCUAAGAAGCUGGCUGGGCAGCGUUUCACCGCUGUGGAGGACCAGUAUUACUGCGUGGAUUGCUACAAGAACUUUGUGGCCAAGAAGUGUGCUGGAUGCAAGAACCCCAUCACUGGGAAAAGGACUGUGUCAAGAGUGAGCCACCCAGUCUCUAAAGCUAGGAAGCCCCCAGUGUGCCACGGGAAACGCUUGCCUCUCACCCUGUUUCCCAGCGCCAACCUCCGGGGCAGGCAUCCGGGUGGAGAGAGGACUUGUCCCUCGUGGGUGGUGGUUCUUUAUAGAAAAAAUCGAAGCUUAGCAGCUCCUCGAGGCCCGGGUUUGGUAAAGGCUCCAGUGUGGUGGCCUAUGAAGGACAAUCCUGGCACGACUACUGCUUCCACUGCAAAAAAUGCUCCGUGAAUCUGGCCAACAAGCGCUUUGUGUUUCAUAAUGAGCAGGUGUAUUGCCCCGACUGUGCCAAAAAGCUGUAACUUGACAGGGGCUCCUGUCCUGUAAAAUGGUAUUUGAACCAUGCUUUGUGUCCUUUGCUCACUCGCUCUGUUACCAUCCAUAGAGGAAGAGUGGGUUUCCACCUUCAAAGUUGCUCCUUCUGUCCUUUCUCCCAUUUUACAGUAUUACUCAACUAAGGGCACAUAGUGAUCAUAUUAGGAUUUAGCAAAGAGCAACCUUGCAGCAAAAAUAAUUUCUCUGUUGCUGCAAUGGAAAAAACAGAAACUUAGAUUGACUCUUCUGCAUGUUUCUCAUAGAGCAGAAAAGUGCUAACCAUGUAGCCACUUCAUGAUGUAAGCAAGAAGCAUAGGCGAUAAGGCUCCCGCUGAGAUGCCUUCCAGGGCUCAUCUGAGACCCACUAUGCUGUCACAUGACUGAUACACAAGAGUUGUAGCGGCUGCUCCAACUCCCUGCUCACCUUCUUCUGUGAGCAGUAGAACUUGCCAGAAUGCAUGGUUUAGCU